AUGGGAAACGGAUUACACAACAACGGGAGCGAUGGUGGCCUCUUCCUACCGGUUGACCUCACCGGUCAUCCGCCGCAGUUCUCAUUACCCGACGAGCUAUGGAUCUCCGUCCUCGAGAACCGCUGCUGGUUCGAAGCGGAGUUCUUCUGGGAGGUCAUGUUGAACCUGAUCAGGAAUCCUGAGAUCAGCUCUACAUAUCUCUUCAGGGCUGAUAUCUUCUACGACAGCAUCAACGAUCUCAGCAUCGGCAAAGAAAGGUGCGAAGACCACUUCAGCAGCAACUACACGAAGCACAUGAAGGCUGAGUAUAGACCUAUCCCGGUCACAGUGCCUGGCUACGUAUGGCAUCGAACAUUCGUCCGACAACUCGUACCGCGGAACCCUCAGCGCGACAAGCCGCUGGUGCAAACGUGCCAUGUAUUCAUAGCUCGAUCUGAGGCAAAUCGAAAGAGCGACGAGUUCAUGAAGACGAUUGUGCUCUAUGUUCCACACGUGGCUUCAGCGGAUGAGAUGCCCUGGUAUCACCCCGCUGUUCGCUCUUUGGCUUUCCUGCACACCUGGCGUUCAUCAAUGACGCCCUAUCAUUGGUCUGAGUCCAAGAUAUCAAUCCAUUACUCCCUCUUUCCAGACAAACCACUGGAUAACCGCCUACAGCGCACCGCUCUCGGCCUUUUACGCCUUGUCAACAAGCAUGGGAACGGUCAAAAGGCAGGCUAUAUCAAGCGUGUCCACCAUGAUCUGAUCAUACCGCAGGCAAGAUUCCAGGACACGUACGCUCGGCUAAAGACAAAGUAUGCAAAGGCUCUGAUAGGGGAGUGGGUCGAGCAAACAGAUCCGGAGAAGCAUGUCUUCGAGGAUCUGGGCAUCGCGGCCUUCCUCAUUGAGCUCUGGAGGGACAUGUACGCUGGAUCGCCCCAUGAGGCUCUCCAUGGCGAGCAGAGAAAUGUUGAAGCUGGGGCAAAGCCACCUUUCCCAGGCUUCGUAGAUAUUGGGUGCGGCAAUGGUGCACUUGUGUUUGUACUCUUGCAGGAAGGCUAUCGCGGCUGGGGAUUCGAUGCUAGGAAGAGAAAGACCUGGGACACCUUUCCGGCAGAGGUGCAGCAGAACCUAAAGGAGAUGUUGUUGGUUCCGAGCAUAUACGAAGCCGCAACGUCCGAGGGGUCGACACCAGCUCAGACACGGUCACAAGGUUUGUUCGAAGUCGACCUCUCAGCUCGCCUAAGCUCUUCCAAUUUCAGUGACCCCAGUACCGCCGACACAGAUAUAAGCACUGAAUCGGGCAGCUUCCACAACGGCAUCUUCCCACGCGGCACCUUCAUUAUUUCCAACCAUGCUGACGAACUUACGCCCUGGACGCCGCUCCUGGCCUAUCUCUCUCGCAGUCCCUUCAUCACCAUUCCCUGUUGCAGCCACGACUUCGCUGGCGCCAGAUCUCGUGCGCGCAUGGUAGAAGCCCCGACGUCAACUUCAAGCUUAUCCUCAAGCGCUCGAUCUGAACAAAGCGCAGAUGAGGCUCCCCAGUCAACCACCGCCACUCUCAGAUCUCGUCCCCAUCUCGAGAGCUCCCAAAUUGGCAAUGGCAUACCAUCCACACCUCCAUCCACAGCAUCCGCCACUCAGCAACCAGCAGCAUCCACCCAAUCUAACGCCCCCAACAACGAGACACGAAACAGAAACCCGCCCGAGACAGGCUCCCUCAAAAAGCCAACCCACAAACAGCCCUCCGCCUACGCAUCUCUAACCUCCUACGUCGCCUACCUAGCCACCGAACUAGGAUAUCUUCCUGAAAAGGAGAUGCUUCGCAUCCCUUCUACGCGGAACGCAUGCAUCAUCGGGCGACGGCGGAGACCAGCGCCGAACGAAAAGGCGGUGGACGUUGUUUCUUUGGCGGAUGGGGAUGUGGGGGAUGAGGGUGUGGGAAGAGCGCGGAGGGAGGAGACCAUCGUGGCGCUCGUGGAGAGGGAGAUGGGUAUGAGCGUUGGACAGCUUGGAGGGGAGUGGGUGAGAAGGGCAAGGGCGUUAGGGGGGAAGAAGGGGGGUGGGCACUAG